CACCGAGUGGCAGAUCAAGAAAAGGCUGCUUGCAUUUACCCCAACUAUAUCUUUCGGCUGUCUGAAACGCGUAUUCCACAUUAAUUCCACAGACGAAUAAUUCCACAUCAAGUAAACAACCCUUAUAAGAAUUGCCAGUCAUAUGGGAAAACAUAACUGUCUGUAAACGUCUACCCUUUUUCAACGUGAUGCAUAAAAUGUUGACUGUGAUACUGUUCUCAACUUGUUCAGUGUUGUUGAAAAUAGACAGAACCUCAACCCCCGUCCAUGCAUUUCAACUUUGCCUUUUCGUUUUGGGGAAGUUGAAAGCCAUGGUGUUAAGCUUGUCCUUUCCUGUGGUCACUGUCUGGGUCUCAGUGUCCCUGGUGGUGCUGCAGGUCAAAGGUGAAUCUUGCCUCAUCAUUAGUGAGAUCAAUGCUGACAACCCCAAACUUGACACCACAGAGUUUGUGGAACUUUACCACACCAGUGGUCAGAGGGCUUCCCUAGACGGUUACACCCUGGUGUUCUACAACGGCAAUGGAAACGUGGCCUAUAAGGUUCUGGACCUGAAGGGCCAUUCAACCGACGACCGUGGCUUCUUCCUGGUGGGUUCGGUGGACAUACAGCCCAAACCAGCCAUCCUCCUCCCGCCCAAUACGGUCCAGAACGGGCCGGACGCCAUCGCUCUCUACCACACGUCGGCCGCCCGCUACAGUGAGAAGAUGAACGUCACGGCCGUGGGCUUGGUGGACGCGGCCGUGUACACGUCGUGGCGGUCCGGAGGCUCUCCGAAGGUCCUCGCGGACAUCCUCACCCCCGGGAAUGAAGCCUUUGUGGAGGACGAAGGUUACAACGAGGGGGACGAGUCCCUGGAGAGGUGUCUCCUGUCUUGGGACCACUGGGGCUUCAGGAUGGCGGCGCCCUCUCCCGGCCAGCGCAACAACUGUUCAACUUUAGUGUACCCAGCUGACACCUCGGUCAUCAACGAGCUGAAGCUGGGAGGCGGUCUGGUGGAUGGGUACGUGGAGAUCCAAAUGCUGUCUUCUGGUUCUCUGGCGCUGGUGGUACUGGAUGGGAGGACAGACAGAGUCAGCAUGAGUGUGGAUGUAGACGUCUCCAGAAAGGGCAUAGUCACCGUCGUCGUAGGGAAGAACAACAUGAAAGGAGAUGACUCCGGAGCGGUGGCGUUGUACAGGGGCAGCGUGGCAGACUUCCCUGCGGGCAGCGCCCUGAGCAGGACCGAGGUCCCCCUGGACGCCUUCGUGUUCGCUGGGCCCGGCAGCCCGCCCAGUGACGACCUCGUAGAGACCCUGGUGCCCAACACAGAGCCGUACCAGCUCAGCAGCAGGUUCAGAGAGGGCGGCUUCCCCCUGAGCCGCUGUGGGACGGCCAGCGAGACGAGGAACCCGGGGCUGUUCUGGGAGGCUCCGCCCACACCAGGACUGCCCAACCAGUGUCCCUGGCCCAAGAUCUGCCCUCACGACUCGGUGGUACCUGUGGGUACAGACAUGCCCCCUGACCUCCCCCCGUGGGCGCGCCAGGACUUCCUCAUCAGCGAGGUGAACAGCGACACCCCGGGCUCGGCCGAGGACAGCGAGUUCGUGGAGCUGUUCCACCCGUCGGCCCGGCGCGCCUCCCUGGAGGGCCUCUGGCUCCUGCUGUUCAGCGGCCACAACAGCAAGCCCUACCGCGAGAUCAGCCUAAGCGGACACUACACAAACGCCCACGGCUUCUUCCUGGUGGGCAGCGACAAGAUGGUGCCCGCCCCCUCGGUCCGCCUCCCGCCCAACACCAUCCAGAACGGCCCAGACGCCGUGGCGCUCUACCGCAGCCCCUACGGCCCGCCUUCGGCCGGCCAGACGGGGAUCCCGACCCGGGGUCUGCUGGACGCCGUGGUGUACCGCCUGAGGGGCUCGGACAAGGAGUGUCAGGAGCUGAGCGACGUGCUCACGCCGGGACAACUCCCCCUGCUGGAGGACCCCGAGGCGCUGGCGGGAGACGAGGGGCUGAGCCGCUGUGGCAGCCUGCAGCCUGCAGACCUGUCCGCCUUCACGGUGGCCGUGCCCACCCCUCUCAAAGACAACGCCUGUCCCAUCCCACCGCCUCCGCCUGAGGGUCUCGUCAUCAGCGAGGUGGCCAGCGCCCGCUGGACCAACCACAGCCAGCAGAAGGCGUUUGUGGAGCUGUUCGGACCGCCCCUGACCGCUCUGAAGGGUUUAUACCUGACCGUGUUUGAACAGGACCACACCUGGACAGUGAUGGCCCUCCCUCUGACAGGGUUCACCAACCUCAACGGAUUCUACCUCGUUGGAAAUGUCACCGGAGCAGACCAGGCCUUCCCUGACGGGGCCACAGUGCCGGUGCGCGGGGCGGUGGUCCUGUGUUACGGCUCUCUCAGCGUGUGCAGAGCCGGCACCUCCCUGUCCAACAGCAGCCUGCGAGACACGCUGGUGUUCAGCGACAGCCCGCCGCUGCUCUCCUCCGUGUCCGCCAGCAGGGGGCAGCAGGUGAUGCCUGCUCUCAGGUCCGUAGAGGACGGUCCCGUCUCCCUCAGUCGUUGUUCGUGUUGUGAUGUCAGAAGCGCCUCCUCCUGGACAAGCUCCUCCCCCACCCCCCACCUGACCAACCUCUGUCCUAGCCCCGCCUACUCCAGCGCCAUCGACCUAUGCCUGGGGCCUCUCUCCAGUGAUUGGCAGGAGCAUUCAGGAAACUGCAGUGGGUUGAUACAGGGCAGCAGAGUCAUGGAAGUGGCGGGCUAUCUGGAGCAGCGAUGUGACUGUGGCAUCUCUGCUCUUUAUCUGCAGGGGGCUAACUUUUCAUGUGUGGCCGGCUGGUUGCGGGUGCGAGGGAACAUCCAGGCCCUGUCGACCCACCAGAGGGCGCUCAUCCUCCAGAUGUCCCAUACACAGCCCUCCCCUGUACAGGGGGACGUCUGCUCCUCCCCCUCCAUGGGGAGACACAUGAGCCCAGAGUCGACCCUGGGUCUGCAGAUAGGACUGGUGGCUGGAGUACUGCUUCUGUUGGGGCUUGGAGCAGCACUUUUUACAUUCCUCUACAGGAGGAGGCGUCCUCUGGACUAUUACUCCAUGGAGCUGAAUGAACAUGGAGAGGGACUGUCUGAACUGUAACCUUGACAUCUUGUGGUGUGAACCUUGUUCAUGUGAGAGAGGUGGAACAGGGGGAGAAAGGGUUAAGAGAAGUGUGUGUGGGGGGGGGGCAGAUAUGGGUUCCUCAUAAGCUGGUGUCACUUCUGCCUGUGUCUUUGAACAGUGUGUUUUGCUUUUGUUAGCCAGUACUGAAUGACAGACCCCCCCCUCAAAGUUAGUGAUAUUGACUGUUCUAGCAAAGGCUUUAGUUGAAGCUACCUGUCUGAACCUUGUAAUAAUACUAUCAUUCAGUCAAAAUCAUGAUCCUGCUACUCUACAAAAGCUCUUUUGGUGAGGAGGAAGAGUCGCAGCCCGCUCAGUCUUUCGUUCUGUUGUUAAUUUAUGUUGCGCUAGUUUUAUGUCAUGUGAAAUGAUUAUAGCAACAAUUCCUUCAGUCUGUUUCCAUGUAUUGUAUUUAGUCUUUAACUUACCUUCAUUUGACAUUGUAUUAGUAAAGGGAUGGUACUGCAAAUCUAACAUCCACCCAUUAGUGGCAGAACAUUCUUUCUUUUAAAGUAUUGUGAAGGUCUUUCUUUUAAAGUAUUGUGAAGGUUUUUCAUUAACUCGUGAUGAGUGACUAUGAACACUUUGGCUGAAAACAUGUUUACAUUUUCUUGAAAACUAAAAAAGGAAUGUGAAGGGACGUCACUCCUUCUGACAGGUUUCAAACCUCUGCCUGUACACGCCUCAGACUGUUGCUUGGUCCUGUGAAAAUCUGUGGUCCUCAGAGACUCUAGAAAGUGUUAAAAGUAUCUUCUUUGUUUUCAGGAAACGGUACCGUCCUAAAACUGUUUUGAUUGUGGGAAUUUAUUCUUUGAGAAACCCAUCUGUCUGCCUGCAACGGCUUUCAGUGUAAAUAUGUUUUCAAACGUUUGGGAGACCCAUAUUUGCAAUCACUUAUUUUUUCAUGCUGAUAUAUCAGGAGAGAUGAAGAUUUGUUGAAUAACAAGCAAAAAUUACGCACACUAAUACUUUUACAGUAAUUUUGAUAUAGAUUUCUUUCAAUUUGGUUGAAGAAAAUUGUUAUGUACAAUGGAUUCCAAAAUGUGGUUUGCCGUCUAUUGUGUUGUAACCCAUCAAGCUUUUUCUCAGCAUCACUGGGCUGUACAUCUGUUACCUUGGUGACCUGGUUACCCACUUGAUAAGCCAGAACAACGUCAGUUUCUUGCUCAUCACUCCUAUUAGUUAUUAAUCAAGCAAGCUUGCUUUCCCUAUUCGAAGUGUGUUUAGAACCCGCAGAAUGGCCGUUGAUAACUGAAAUUUCUGUUCCAAAAACAUAUCCCCCUAGUGUUUACCUGUAGGUGAACCAAACAGUCUUUUUAACAUUAAAAAAAAUACUUUUUUUUAAUCCAAGAAAAUAUCAAAACAACUUCAAUACAAUUGUUAUUUAAUGAUAAGUUGGAACAUUUGUGCUUUGAAAGGUAUUCUUUUCUGGUACAAGGAAAGAAGAUACAGCUGUACAAACUACUUUUAUCAUUGUUAGAUACAGAUGUUAAGAAUGUAUUUUAUUAUUAUUUGUAUUUUAUUUUUAGCCUUGACCACUUAAAUCAUGAGUUGUGCUUAGAGAAGGUGAUGCACUUUUUGGUAGAUAUAUUUUUCCAUGCCAUGUAGCAAGUUUUUAUCCAAAUAAAAUAUAUUUCAUCAGAUGUACGUAUA